UGAUCCAUGCUCGUCAUGUCAGUGCCCGGGUUUCGUCCUCGUUUCCUCUUAAAACCGACGAUCUUGAAACGGUCUAGAUUUGGCCCGCUAACUGAACUAAAUCAAUGUAGUUGUCUAUCGCAAUGGCUAGUGGUGGUUACUACCGAAAGCUAAUACACGCUCAUUCUAACAUCGUUGAAAAGAAUGUAAUACAGUUUAGGUGGACAGGUGGAUUUGCCUAUGUUGCUGAAGACUUUCGUUCCAUCCAGUUUAAAUGGAAAGCAAGCCCUUUCUAGCUUUCCAAAUACAGCCAUAUGAAUUUUAUUACGACGCAAGCAUCGAGGAACUUUAAAGGUCUCCUUCCUGGAGGGGUGUUAUUGAAGAGCAUAAAUAAAAGUCGUCAGCCACCAUCAGUUCAACAUUAAAUGAAUUGUGAUUAUCAGUGAGCAAGAACCAUUUUUAAAAAAGAAUCGAGAUGGAAGAACAAACUACAGAUUUGGAAGUGACAGUCAAAACCUUAGACUCUCAGAGUCGAACCUACACAGUUGGAGCUCAGCUCACGGUGAAAGAUUUCAAGGAGCACAUUGCACAGUCAGUGGGCAUCCCGGUGGACAAACAGAGACUGAUCUACCAGGGUAGAGUCUUACAGGAUGAAAGGACUCUGGCAGACUAUAAUGUAGGGGGCAAGGUGAUUCACUUGGUUGAGAGGGCUCCUCCUCCACCAUCUCAGCCUGGGUCAGGGUCAGGUGGUGGUGCAGCUGACAGCAGCUCCUCAUCAUCCGCACAAGGGACUUCACAAAUGCCUCCACAUGAUCGUAAUGCCAACAGCUACGUUAUGCUUGGCACUUUCAACCUUCCUGUCAACACCAUGGACCCUCAACAGAUACAGAUGUCUGUUCAGCAAAUGGUGUCGAACAUGGGAGAUAACGCCAGGAACGCCAGAGUCACAACAAGCACUGGAAGCAAUGGUUCUGUGAGCGUCCACAUCGACAUGGAUCAACCUGUGCAAAGUGAGCCUCGACUGAGACUUGUGCUGGCUGAAAACAUGCUUAGAGACAUUAACAAUGUUGUCGCACGAAUGGAGAACCGGAUGGCUGAUGCGUCGUCCCAAACCGAUACUUCGUCCACGGCUGCCCCGCCUCAUCCAUCAACGUCAUCCAACACAUCGACUCCUUCCCCCUCAGCUCAGCCCAUGGACACCUCUCCACCUCCGUCGACUCCCCCGCCUCCUCCUACCUCCUCAUCUCCUUCUGAGGGACCAACACCUCAGCCUGGGCCCACUCACCCAAGUCCUGCUGAGUUGGCAGACAUGUUGACGGAGUUACGAAGAGUAGAAGAGAGACUUCAGCCUUUCAUCCAGAGGGCGCACACCAUCCUCGAGACGGCCGCCACGGCAGAGUACAAUAAUAACGUGGAGAGAGAUGAGGAUCAGCGCACCCUUGUCCUUACGUGGGAAUGUCUUCGUCUCCUGGGCAACGCCCUUGUGGCCAUCAGCGAUCUGCGACUGAACCUGAUGAGUCCUGUGCCGCGUCAUCUGCACGUGGUCCGGCUGUUCUCACAUUACACCAACCCUGUGACCAUGCCUGCAGCGCUGCACCAUCACAUCCCAGUGCAAAUGAACCUGGGUGCCACAGUGACUGUCUCUGGUAAUGGUGCUGAGGGACAAGCCCAGCCAACCCAGCCAGCUGGCCAGCAAGAGCAGACAGGUCAGGGACAGACCUCACCCCCACAGACCUCUCCUACCAGUCAGCAGGCUGGACAGGGCCCGGCUGGCCGCCGGGUCAUCAGGAUCAGCCUUGAGGCUGUCCCGGUGGUCAUGAUGCUGCAGACGAACGCGGCCGUGGCACGACGCGGCUCCGGUCCAAAUCUGUCGGGAGCUGGCCAGCAAAUGCCAGGACAACCCGGGGCCCUCCCGUCCGACUUCAUGCGAAAUCUCAUGCAGCAGAUAAGCCAGUACGCCUCCUCUGUAGCCACAAGUGCCGCAACUGCUGCAGCCACGGGCCAAGCAGUCCCACCUCAGCCCACCCCUGGCUACAACUCAACCGCAAACUCAUCAACUACCACCACAGGUCCCAAUACUCCGACCACCACCCCCACUGCACCCCCACCCCCUCCUCACACAGGGCCUCAGGCCAGAGUGGUUUUCACCAGACCGCCGUUUGCAGCCAACAUGCAUCCCCCGAUCUUUGGGGCCCGAGGCCCCACCAUCAAUGUGAGGACCACUAUGCCCGGACAACAGCCCGGACAGCCUUUCCACCCUGCUGCUCUGAAUCAGAUGAUUAGUGGACUAGUUGGGCAACUUUUGCUGCCAGGACAAAUGGGUGGUCCAACUGUCACAACGUCCUCGUCAACAUCCACCUCCUCCUCCUCCAGCUUCAACACUUCAACUUCAUCCUCCUUUUCAUUCAGCGCCUCUGCUCCUCCAACCCAGCCUCCUGCAGCGAACGGUGCCAAUGCACAAAGUGCAGAGGGCAGCGGCGGCGAGCCUCAAGCACCGGAGAUCCAUCCUGACCUCAGCCAGCUCCUCGGGUCGCUCCUUGGCGUGGCAGGUGGGGCGGUUCCCGGUGCGGCACCGUCGAUCACCGUCACUACCUCUGGUGUACCGGUCUUUAUGCAGGGCGUGAGCGACUUCAUGCAGCAGGCUUCCCAGCCCAUAUUCGCCGCUCCCCCUCCUCCAGCUGGUACCACUCCAGCGCCAGGAAUGGCUCCCAACCCAACACCAAACCCUGCAGGCGCAGCUGAAGCCCUCAACCCUGAGCUGUUCACCGGCAUCGUCCGUGGCGUUCUAAGCUCGAUGAUGGGAUCCCUGGGUCAGGCCCAGAACGACACAGAAAGCAUCGCUCAGUUCAUGCAGAGGCUGUCUCAGGCCACCAACCUGUUCAUUAGCCCAGAGGACCCGACAGGGUUCUUUGGAGAGCUGCUGAUGUUGGUUUGUCAGACGUUCACCAUGUCAGACCUGGUGAUGCUGCUUCACGGCCAGCACCAGCCUUUGACUCGCAUCCAGCCCCAACUGUCCCAGUUCUUCACCCAGAACUACCUCAGUGGCAGAGAGCCCACGGACCAGAACAUCACUGCUGCUGCAGAAACACUGGUCAAUGAACUGGAGGAGUACAUCACAGAGAGCUUUAGGGAGUCCGCCGUCACAGUCCUGGAUGGUGUGGACGUCACUCAGACCAACAUGUCUUUCUUCCGACAGCAGCUGAGCCUCAUCGCCACACACAUCCUCCGCUGCUCUGACGAGACGUUUGGGCCACGAUUGCUGCAGAUGUGUAACCAGGCUCUGUUCGAAUGCCUGGCCCUGAACCUCCACUGUCUGAGAGGCGACCAGAGAGCCCUGACCUCCGUCAUCAACCACAGAAUACGAAGAAUGUCAAGCGACAUCAGCCCGAGUCUGGUCAACUGGAUGACCAGCAUGAUGACGAUGAGGCUGCAGUUCAUCCUGGAGCACAUCCCCAUCACGCAGGAGCAGAUCCAGAGAUACAUUGUUUAUACACAGAGAGAUCAGCCUUCUGCAACAGGUGCGCAAGAGCCCGAGCGAGCACCGGCGUCUACGAUCGGCGACACACUUUCACCGGCGGCUGCCACUACAGCGGAGGAGGCCAUGUCGGUAUCACAUGACACGCGGCCGUCGCCCCGGGAACCCAGAGUGUUCCCUGCAGAGCUCGGUGCAUCUGCAGCAGCUGCACCACUAGGUGGCGACAGAUCAGUGGCAGGAGCUGAAGGAAUGACCCAGGAGUCUGCGGGCGAGUCAGAGUCGUGGGCAGCUGCUGUUCCUGCUGAGUGGGUUCCCAUCAUCAGGUGUGACAUGAUCACCCAGAGGAAGGUGAAGGCUCAGCCUCCGCUCUCUGAUGCUUACUUACACGGCAUGCCGGCCAAACGCAGGAAGACGGGACAGGGGGCUGGAAGUCUGCUGUCGCUCUCUGACGCGGUGAGUCAGGCGGCCAGGACGGCAGGAGUCAAGCCUAUGACCUCUGGGGAGAGGCUGCAGGACGAGCUGGAAACAGAGGAGCUGAAAGAAGCUUAUGCCGAGCAGGUGAAAACGGACAUCAAAAAACGAGUGCGGGACGAUGCAGAUUUUAAUUCAGAGCAGUUUCCAAACGCACACAGAGCGUUCUCCUCAGACUCAUAAGGUCGACGGAGUAUAAACAUGCAAUGUACGAGUCUUGGUCUGUAGAUUUGUAAUGUUUAUAAAAAAUGAUUUCAUCUGCAACCUUUCUUCAUAACUCUUUCCAAAACCUAAUGACAUCCCCGCCCCCGUGCCUAUUUAUUCAGCUUUUUUUUUUGUUCCCCUCCCACUUCAGUCUCUGCAGAGAUGCUUCCAUUUGAAGGUGUAAAACUCCAUUAUAAACGGUCACCGUCUGUCACUCUGCUUCAUAUGUUUCACGUCCUCUAGAUGUUUAUUAAUAUCGAGGGUCGGCCUUCGACUCCCCGUCAGUUCCCAAAUGUGAGUCUGUUUCACGCGACAAGCUGCUGUUUCUUACAUGAAUGUACAGUUAAAGCUAAAUAAAAACUGAUUUGAGACCA